AUGGGAAAAAAAUCAGUUGGCCAGUAUAUGCUACGGUUAGUACGAACGAUGGUCACACAAAGUCACAAAUCGUUGAAGCGAGCACGAAAGAAUGCAGUGCUGGACAUUGUUGACACACUGCGGGAUCCCAUGGCCUCGGAUUCGGUGCUUUUGAACGACAUCAAGCGAGUUCUGGGUGCAGCCAACCCUCCAACCACCCUGGAUCAGGUCCAGAACAAACUCAUCAGUCCUGCCAUGAUGAAGAAAAUCCGACGAGAGGAGCGGAGCGACGAAGGAGCAACAGAAAGACCCGAGAAGGAGCUGAUUCACCAGAAAUACGAGGUCGAGGUGUCCAUUUCUGGUCUGGGUGCUGAUGGAGAUGGAAUUGCUAUUGAGGAGCGAGAAGAUGGAGAGAAGCGAGUUCUGGUGGUGCCUUUCGCUCUGCCCGGUGACAAGGUCAAGGUCCGAGUCUACAAGAAAAACCUGUACUUUUUCCAGAGCGAGAUUGUCGAAGUUAUCAGCAAGGGAGAUCUCAGAGACGACGCUCUCACUAGCUGCAAAUACUUCGGAGAGUGCUCUGGCUGCCAGUACCAGUUCAUGGACUACGAGAAACAAUUGAACCAGAAGCGGAAUGUGGUCGUCAACGCCUUCAGAUACUACUGCCAUACUGAAGACGCUGUUCUGCCUGAAGUGGGUCCCACUUUCCCUUCUCCUGAGACUAUGGGCUACCGAACCAAACUAACCCCUCAUUACGACGUGCCCAAGACCAAAUCGCCCGAAUGGCUUGCAUCUCCACCACCCUACGGUUUCAACAUGAAGACUGUCAAUCGAGUUUUGGACAUUGAAGACUGUCCUAUUGGAACUCCUGUUGUCCGCGAGGGUCUCAAGGAGUCCCGAGAAGAUGUCAAACUUCACUACAAGACCGCAAAACGAGGAAAGACAUACCUCCUGCGAGAGAACACCAUCAAGAAGGAGGAAGGGACUUUCGAUAAGAGGUGCGUCACUGACAACAAAGCCAUUGUGUCGGAAUACAUUGACAACUACCGGUUCGAUUUUACUGCUGGCGAGUUCUUCCAGAACAACAACUCCAUUCUGCCUGCUGUCACUGCAUACGUCCGAGAAAACAUUCUCCUCGACGGCGGCAAGCCUCCCCGAUUCUUGGUUGACGCUUACUGUGGAUCUGGACUGUUCUCUAUCACCUGUUCUCAGGCUGUUGAGAAGGUGUACGGAGUGGAGAUCUCCGACGAGAGUGUCAAGUUUGCUCGAAAGAAUGCCGAGCUCAACAAAAUCAACAACGCCGUUUUCCUGACCGGAAAGGCCGAGAAUAUUUUUAAGGAUCUCGACUGUGACCCUGCCCAGACUUGCAUGAUUAUCGAUCCUCCUCGAAAGGGUACUGACGAGGCCUUCAUCAACCAGCUGGUUACUUUCCAACCCCAGAGACUGGUCUACGUCUCUUGUAACGUGCAUACUCAGGCUCGAGACGUGGCUUACCUUCUGAAACAGUGUCCUGAAUACAAGGUUGAGUCCAUUCGAGGCUUCGACUUCUUCCCUCAGACCAAGCAUGUUGAGGGUGUUGCCGUGCUCAGCUACAACGGAGAGAGAACUAAAAGGGAGAUAAACGGCGAGGUUAACAGUAAGACCAAUUGUGGCGUGACUAACGGUGAGACCAAUGGUGAGAUCAACGGUACAAAGAUUGAGGAGACCAAUGAGACUAAGGGGUAA